AGUGCCGAGGCCGAGGGGGCAGCGAAGGCGCCGGGCAGCGGGGAGCAGCGGCCGCGCCAUGUGGCUGCUGGGGCCGCUGUGCCUGCUGCUGAGCAGCGCCGCGGGUAUGGACCAGGGGCUGGAACCCGGAUCUUUGUGCAAAACUGUAACAUGUGCUCUCAACCAGGUGCACCACCCAGCCCCACACUGCUUCUCUAUUCAUCAAACUUCCUCCCAGCAGAGAGCCAGCUGCUCCCCGGGAACAACUUCACCAAUGAGUGCAACAUUCCAGGCAACUUCAUGUGCAGCAACGGGCGGUGCAUCCCGGGCGCCUGGCAGUGUGACGGGCUUCCCGACUGCUUCGACAAGAGUGACGAGAAGGAGUGCCCCAAAGCUAAAUCAAAAUGUGGCCCAACGUUCUUCCCCUGUGCCAGUGGUAUCCACUGCAUAAUUGGCCGCUUCCGGUGUAAUGGAUUUGAGGACUGUCCCGAUGGCAGCGAUGAGGAAAACUGCACAGCAAACCCUCUGCUUUGCUCCACUGCCCGUUACCAUUGCAAGAACGGACUCUGCAUUGACAAGAGCUUCAUCUGCGAUGGACAAAAUAACUGUCAAGACAACAGUGAUGAGGAAAGCUGUGAAAGUUCUCAAGAACCAGGCAGUGGACAGGUGUUCGUGACCUCUGAGAACCAGCUGGUGUACUACCCCAGCAUCACCUACGCCAUCAUCGGCAGCUCUGUCAUCUUUGUGCUGGUGGUGGCCCUGCUGGCCCUGGUCCUGCACCACCAGCGGAAGCGCAACAACCUCAUGACACUGCCAGUGCACCGGCUGCAGCAUCCCGUCCUGCUCUCCCGCCUAGUGGUGCUGGACCACCCGCAUCACUGCAACGUCACGUACAACGUCAACAAUGGCAUCCAAUACGUGGCCAGUCAGGCUGAGCAGAAUGCAUCAGAGGUGGGCUCCCCACCCUCCUACUCAGAGGCCCUGCUAGACCAGAGACCAGCAUGGUACGACCUUCCUCCACCGCCCUACUCUUCCGACACCGAGUCCCUGAACCAAGCCGACCUGCCUCCUUACCGCUCCCGGUCUGGUAGUGCCGACAGCGCCAGUUCCCAGGCAGCCAGCAGUCUUCUGAGUGUAGAAGACACCAGCCACAACCCUGGGCAGCCCAGCUCUCCAGAAGGCAACAAUGAGCCCAGGGACUCUGUGCCCAGUCUGGGCACCGAAGAAGUAUAAAUUACAGUUGUUCCAAAGUUCGUAUGGGUUAAUCUGCUCUGACUUGUUACCAUCCUAACAGUCCACACCCAUGGGAAUCUUCACAGGGUGCCUCCAGGAGUGAUUUGGGGUAUCUCUCCAUGCCCUUCCUCUCCCAGAUUUCAGGAACGUUCUUUGGAGGGUUACCCACCCAGGACUUUUCUGGUCUCUCAGUGGAUAUGAUGUACUGUGCAUCUUUAUGGGGAGGUCAGUCUUCCUGGGGGCCCAGGAUCAUGGCCUCACUUGUGACAUCAUUUUGUUAAUGCUGGCAUCUCACGGAGUAAGUGGUGUAGACUCGGACACAAUGGGCCAAAACGCUGUUUGAGUAGUUUUUGUGAAAGCAGUGUUUCUGUGCUGUUCCUGGAUGUGGAGAGGGUCAGGAGACACUGGACCAGCCUCCUUUGCACUAGCCUCUAUGUUACUCUCAGUUCAGCAACAGCCAAAGAGAACCUAUGACAUGAGUUAUGUUCCUCAGCACUUGUGUGUGUCACUGCAGUGUCAGGCAUGACUCUGGAGCUCUGCUCUGGGUAGAUUCUGGCUUUUAUCUUUUUGAAGUACUUUCUCUAACAGCAAGUACCAUCAGCCUCAUCCCAGAACAGACAUGGAGCCCCCACCAGAGUUCUCAGUUCAGUUCUGAUACUGAGUUCCGUUUUGAUACUGAGUUCAGUUCUGACACAUAAUCAGAGUUCUCAGUUCAGAAAAAUGCAGGCUGCCAAGAACCAAGCCUCUGCCCUGGUUUCUGAAUUGUCACCCUCCCAACAGACCUGCCAGUUGGCAAGGGAUGAGGACCCACUUUGGCCCCAAAUCUAAUCUGGCCUUUAUUCCUGUAAACCACACCCAGCCUGUCUUGCUCCUUUCCAUGCCACUUCAAUACUAGCCUCCCAAAUCCCCAUAACACUGUUCUAAUCAUCUUCGCUUUUGGACUUGAGGACACUGUGGUUCCUCACACAUGUGAGAACCGCAUUCAGUACCUCCCACUAAGGCUCCCCACUCCCUGCACUGCCCACACUCCCUGCCCAAUUCCCAGAAAUCAGCACCAGGGUUAAGGUUAGAAACAAGUCCUUCGGAGCUCCAGUGGCGCAAUCGGUUGGCACGCGGUACUUAUACAGAAACAGGUCCUUCUUCCCCUCCCAUAGCUUCUCUGGGAUAUGAGCACUGUAGACAAUUUGGAGACAAGAUUUGCCAUUUGGACCUUUUCUUUUUAAAUCUUUUGGAAAUGCAUUUGAAACAGUGUGUUUGGUUUUUUGUUUGUUUUUCCCCUUCCAGUUAAGGGACUAUUUAUAUGUGUAUAGGAAAACUCUCUCUCUCUCUCUCUCUCUUUUUUGCUUUUUGUUUUCCUUUAGUGAGGUCCAAAGAAAGAUGCAAAAAAUAAAUGACACCUUUGUCUCACUGAGUGCUAAUAAGUCACUCAGGACGGACCUACGCUCAGGCGUUCAUGCUUCGCUGCACUUUUUGAGUUAGUAUUUAUGGAGUCCUUGAAGGAUGCAGAAGGCAGGAUGCCUUCUCCAUCACUUCCCAGUCUUCCUGUUUAUGCUGGUUUUAUUCUUUUUCUGUGUUCAGCCACCACAGGGGCCAUCCCCUAGGGAAAUGACUGGGAGAAGCAUAGGUGUUAUUUAGCAAGAAACCACACCAGCUAACUGGGAACAGAACUGGAACCAGGUGCAGCCACUCCAGGUGGUUCUCACCCAUUCAAGGACUUUGCUCCACAACUGAAGAAACUUUUCAGUCACUUCUUUGAUGCUGAUUCAAAAGGAGCCUGCAGAAGGGGGAUGAAGUGGUGUUCAGUGAUCUUGUUCUGCAGACUUUAAAAUAAAUUAAUCCAAAGUAUGUCACAGGAAAGCUAGCCACUUUGAUGAUUUUGGUUUUUCUAAGUAAAUAAAAGGAACCUAGUUGCUUGUGUCUUUCAUUUUAGAAACACCACUUGAGUUAUGUGCUGAGUAACCCAAUAAAGAACUUCUGAUGGCAGCCAGAGUAUAUUAGGAGCUCUGGUGGAACACUUCAUCUCCUGUGAGUCAGAAUGGCUUUAUUUCUCCCUUUGAUUAGUAAGACCCGGCUUCUUUCUGGUGCUCUGAAAGUUGUCUAGAGGAAGGGAUUCUACUUUUAAUUAAUUGUGCAGUGAAUUAAUCUCACAUGCUUUUCUGCUUCCAGGCAUCUUAGAGAAAAACAAAUUGUCUUUGCAGAUAAAGGGAGCCGAUUAAUGUUUUUAAAAAACAUAGGGACUUUUUAUUACAGAUUUGCUUUUUUAAAAUGAAUCUUUUUUAAAAAAAAUAUUUAAAUAGGAUACCAAAGCUGAUGGAUUUUUUUUUCCUACUUCAGAUAAUGAAUAAGUGGCCAGCAACAGUUUUAACUCAUUCUAACCAGGAUAUUUCUGUACAUUGCCUCAGUCUAUACCUGUCCGAAAACCAUCUUUGCUCUUUCUCAAAUGAGGCCAGAGAGUCCUUUUUAUUUUAUCAUUAAGAUAAUUUCACUGUGAUCAACAGCUCAUCACCUGACUCAACUCCCUCUUUUUUUUUUUGUUUUUUCUUCAAUUGGCUUUUUUAAAAAAUGCAACUAAGUGGUUAAUAAGUCGUGUGUGAUGUCCAAAGUUGAUGUAAACUGGAAAGAUUGUGUGUGGUUGCUUUCUGAAUUUGGUUAGGUUUUUUAUUAUUUUUUUUUUUUUUGCUGUGUUUGUUUUUAUUUUAUUUUUCUUAAGUUUUCAAAUAAAUUUGAAAUACUUUCCAGUAAACUUGCAAUUUCAUUCUUCCUA